CGAAUUGGUACAUAUAGAGAAUGUAUUGGCUUCAAAAGAUGCCGAAUUGAAACAAAUGAAAGAUGAUCUGGUCUUAAAAACUUCAGAGAUAUACUCCUUAAAAUCCAAGUUAUUGUCAGAACCAAUCAAGGUUGACGGUAAGGCAGAUAAAAAAAAAAUAUUGAAUUCUAUUUUAUGA